AUGGACCUUGCAAACGAGGACUUGUCCUCCUUGUCCGAGUCCGAGCUGCAAAGCUAUGUAGAAGCUUUACGCAGUGCCUUCGAGCAGCGAGGAUUGGAGUGGCCGACUCCAGUGAAAACGGCGCCUGUGCAGGCCCGGCGCCCUGCGGCGAAUGAUGAUGACGACGAUGACGAGGAGGAUGAGGAUGAAGAUGAGGAUGAGGAGGGUGAGGAUCGUGAAGGCAUUGCCUCCCUGGAGAAAAGUGUUGACAAGGUGCUUUUUGACUUCCGCCUGGGCGAGCUGCCCAGUGGCGUAGAGCACGAAGGGCAGCCCGCGCGGCUCAUGCGCACUGCGGAUUCAGGAGAUGCCACGGUACUUUCAGUUCCGGCCGGAGGCUAUCUCAGGCUGCCGUUGGACUUCCCAGAGAAGCACGGGGCGACGGUGGGGCAAUACACCCUCAUCGUGGAGCUGCGUACGAGCCAUCCGCGGCCCCUGUCCCUGUUCCAAGCAACGUGGCCGGAGGUCUCGGCGAACCACGCCACGAUCUCCGAGUGCAUCUUGGACGAAGCUCGAGUGCUGGUGGGCGGUGCCGAGAGCGACCACGUCGUGAAGUCUUUGGCAUCCGCUCGACAGCAGAAUCGCUUCGUCCGCGUGUUUUUUGUUUGCGAUUCAGUGGAAGGCCAGAUCAGUGUCUAUGUGAACUCGGAGACGGGGCUGACGGUGGGCAACAUCCAGGGCACACGCUGGGCGUUGGAUCGCAAGGGCUUGCUGCUGUUGGCCAGCAACAGUGCCACCUACAUGCCCGGCGCUGAGCUCAAGCGUGUGGAGUUACACCGACGCCUCUUCACUGAGAAGGACGUGAAGGCGCACGCCUCGGUGCGGUGGUCCUUCCGCGGCGCCGCGCUGAGCGCCGCCCUGAAGACGCUCCGCGGGAGGUUGGCGCUGGCCGCCAUCGACAAGAAGCCGCAGCCCAUUUGGUGCGACCUCUCGUAUUUGGCGCACUUCUGCGAUGUGUACAUGAAUAUUGACAACGGCAAGAUCUAUCGAUCUCUGCAGGUCAUCCACCUCGGCUUGAGCAAGCUGGCAGCUGAAAAGCACUCGUUGAUGACCUCUGCUGACCAGGACGCGCUGAACAAGGUCUUCGGUGUGUUCGAUGCAGGUUUGGACCUCUUCCGGAAGUACGACAUGACCAGAGGUGAGGUAGACUACUAUGACGACUACGCGGAGCUCCCUGGACUGCUGCCCUUUCUGAAGAGGCUGCGGCGCGCGCUGGGCGGCCUGGAGGUGGGGGGCAUGGUGCUGCUGCCCGGAGGCUGGGGUUGCGCGGACUACAUGCCGCGGCAGUACAUCAGCUUCGUUCUGGAAAGGAUCGGGGAGGACAACUACCGCAUCGCUGUCUUCGGCUUUGGCGACAGCCGGGAGUACCACCCAAAGACGGCAUCGAUGCACCCCAAGGUGAAGUUCCGGCCGGUGGUUCUGGAGAACUUGCCCCGGAAGAAGGCCUUAGACGAGGCCUGGUGGGCCUUGCUCCUGGCAAUGAAUCUCCCAGACGUGAACGAGCAAAAGACCAACCCUCAGCUGACCUACGACUUCUUCCUGCCCUACAUGGCUGGGCAAACCCUCGAGAAGAUCCGGGAGGAGAGCGAGAAGCGGGAGGGCGACGACCCCGCGCUGGAUUGGCGCACCCCGGUCUAUGGCCGGAGUCGCAACAACUUCCACCGCUGCCUGCUGGAUGCGCUUCACUACUGCUUGCGGAGGAGCGGGCUCAGCCAACCACGGACCAAGCUGGUGAAGUUUUGCCUCAGGAGCUCCUUGCUGGAGCUGGCGGCAGGGGACGUGAAGGCAGUGCUUGAGAUGAGCGGCUCCGACAGGACCUUGGUGCGGAUGCUCUGCAAGCAGUUGGCCUUCACAGCCGCGAAGCUCUCGAACCUCAAGGAGAACGGGCGGCAGCUCUUGGGCCUUGAAGCCUUGGCCCAGGUGAGGCGCACCGUGGACGAGGUGGAGACAAAGCUGGGGCAGAAGACCAGCUCUGAAGGCAGCUCUCUGAAGCCGCCGUUGCUGGACCUCUGCACCGGCCACGAGAUCUCCCACGUGGCGCUCGGCAAGGCCAAGGCCCCGCUGUCCUGCGACGGCGGCUCCGGAAUCUUCCCACUCUUCGAGCGUCUGCUGCGGGAGGAGCUGGAGGGCAAAGAAGGCAGCAUGCUGGACACCUCGCAGCUGCCCCCAGUGAACUUCGACCUCUUGUCCGGGCGAGUCACCAGCAUGGGGGAGGCUGUGACGGCUCUGAAGACGACUGACUUCCUGUUGGCGCAGCUGGACAAUCUCAGCUCCAGCUUGCGCUUCGCCCACUUCUUGAAGAUUGCGCUGGUGCAGCACGUCUUCACUCGUUUGCUUCCGGUGCCUUUGGGUCCCAUCUCCCGCGCGCGCGCCGCCAACGCGGACGCGGUCUGGGGCGGUAUUACGCCCCCGGAGCAGCAGGUGGAGGUGGCGCUGGUGGUGAAGCGUAUUGCUCAGCACUUCGCGAUGAGCUGCGGGGCGACCACGGCCCACCGGGGCUUUGAUGGCACCCGAGUGAUUGUGCUGGCCGUGAUGGUGACACUCAUGGACCGCCUUCUGCGGCAAACGACCACCGCCACCACCAGCCGCGCCGUCAGCGGGCGAAUGGACGACGAGCGUGAGGAGACCCGGUUCAUGGUGUCCUGGGAGGUCUUCGCGAAGCAAUCCGAGACCUUUCUGCUCUUCUCCCCGGAUCUGAACGUGGCGCGGGCCCGCACCCUCGCCUACUUCCAGGAGGUCGAGCAGGAGGCUCGCGAGCAGGGCGCGAAGAUGAAGCACAUCUUCCAGUGGGAGCGAGAUGGCUGGGUCAUGGAAUUCCCGGACCAGGGCGCCGAGGCCUUGUGCGGGAAGAUGGCCAAAAGUCUCUACAAGAGGCGCACCACUCUGAUUGACAGCUAUGUGGAGAGCUACUUCCCAGAGUUUACGGCCUACCGCGACGUUUGCAUGUGGUGGAAGUUCUACCUCUGCACAGACCCCAUGGUCUUCCGCUUCCAGGCCUUGGAGUUCUCCGAUGGGCACCUCCAAUGGAAGAUCGACACCCACCCGCGCUGGCGGAAGCGGUGCUACAUGGUGAAGUCCUUUGGGCAGGGCAACCGCGCGACGCUGCUCUUCCAGAAGAUGGAGAAGCCCGCCAUGAAGGAGCACCGGUUCCAGAGCGAGGCCCUGCCCAGCAACCUGGCGGGCCAAAGCAUCUGGUCGGAGGAUGACGUGCUGCACGUGCACACCAUGCCAUCCUUCGAGGACCGCUUGGGCCAGGCCGACAGUGAGCUGCUGCUGAGCUACCUCACAGUGCCAUAUUUGCGGCUGCCUCUUUGCCUGGGCUUCUUCUCCAGCGAGGACCGCGUGCACGCGCUGUCCCAGAGCCGGCUCCGCGACGUUCUGCAGGCCGUGGUCUUCGAGCCCGGGCGCUUCUUGCCCAGCCGGCUCUACGGUCAGGUGCCGCAGCUCGUGCCGGCGGAAGACCCAGAGCUUUUGGGCACAGCCUUCGGGCUGCUCACCAACGAGCUGGCGCGAUCGCCGGAGGCCACCAUCGAUGCAGUGCUGCAGCUCCUCGAGCAGGCAUUGCGACUGGACACCCAGGACCCCCACGCCACCACCACCACGCUGAUCCUCUCGGUGCUGCAGCUCUGCUGCCGUGUGCAAAACACGUUGGCCUUCCUUCUCUCUGUGAGUCGUGCCGAGCACCCCUCCUGCAGCUCGGAGGGCCUCAACGAGGGCGGGCGCCCGGUGCUCUCGGAGCAGACGCUGCGCCAGCUGCAGGCGGCCUGGCCACGGCUCAGGGCUGCCCUGCAGUUUGAUGGCCGGAGCGCUUUGGCCAUGCUGGGCCGUUGGCUGGGGACCAUCAGGACGGACUUCGGGGAGAAAAUGAUGGAAGAGCAGGGCCGAGACAAGGAUGAGGAGGGGGCCGACCUGGUCAUCCGCGGCGCUGGGGAGGAGCGUGUCAACGGGGAGUACAUUUGCCGCUUCAAAGGCGACAUCUGCUGCUACUACGAGAAGAUCGGGGACGACAGUUGUGGCAUUGACAACUUCCAUUCGCAGUGGUUCAUCUUCUCGCGCUACGAUGGCGUGUGCUACGAGGCGUCCGGGGGAAUGGGCAACGUGCCGAAGAUCUGGAAGGCGGUGCGUGGGAAGUUGCCGCUGCCCAUCGUCGAAUCGGUGGUUGACCGCGAGACGCACCUGGCCUGCCAGCUGCACGCGCACCGGGUGCUCCUACUGCGGAACCUCCGGCCAGAGGAGCUCACGCUGGACUUGGUGGAGUCCCUUCUGUGCUCCUUCGUCUUCCUCACCUCUCGGCACACCUGGAACGAGGACACCUUGGGCAUGCCGGAGCCGGAGCUCUUCGAAGUGAUCUUCGCCAAGCGCCUGGAGCUCAUCGCCUGGCUGGAGGAGGCGCCCUAUGGCGACGCCUGCCGGGUGCUGAACGCGGUGCUCCGUACCGCCACCGGUAUCGAGAAGGGGCCGCCAGGGUGGGCCAUCUGGCCGGAGGUGGCCAACCGUGGCCGGUACCUGGCGCUCAACGAGCCUUUGCCCAGCACGGACAACCGGCUGCCCAUGGCCGGCAGCUUUGGGGACUCGGCCCCAGCGGCGGAGGUGAACCUUCAGAGCUUGGUCUUCCGAGUGGAGGGCCAGCAGAUGCAGGCGCUGGAUGAGCGGGCCGCACAGGACCGCGACGUGCUGCACAUCUUCGGGUCCGCGGCCAAGACCAUGCAAUGCGUGUCCUUGGGAGACUUCGAGCACCGUCAAGACCGCAAGGUCGUGGGCACGGAUUAUGUCAUCAGCAUGUGGGACGGCGAGAACGGGGGGCUGCCGGAAAUCGGGCUGUGCGACCGAGUCUACGAUCCGGAUGACCUCGCCCCAGAGGAGCAAUGGAUCGCAGACUUCUUUGAGCCCAUCAGGAAGAAGUACUUCACCAAGCUGGGGAUGCCGCCCGCGGACGUGCCUUUCUACCUGCCGGAGCAGACGGUGCCGGAGGACGCCCACAUGGUGCUGUUGGCCGGUGGCCAUCCCAAGAAGACCUCGGUGAUCUGGAAAGAGGUCGUCAUCUACAAGGACUUUGGUGCCUGCCACGUCUUCGGCAUCGAGGCCUGCGGACGGAGAAAGUACCGCACCCUUGAGAUGGCAACGGACUGUCGGUUCUGCCAUUGGGAGCUGCAACCGGAUUCGCGGCUGCCCGGCUACGACGACAUGCAAUUCCAGCGGAAUCCCAUGGAGCCGUGGCCGGCCUGGGGACGUCAUUUGGCGGUCGCCUUCACAUCAGCCCUGGACGACGAUGAGGAGGACUACCGGGACUGGCUGCGGGGUGUGCAGCCCCCGCCCUUCGGGCCUUCAGUGGUGAUCCAGAGGCCGGUGCAGUCGGUGCGGGGCAAGCCCACCCUGUCGGCCGAGGAGGCGGAAGCCCGGGUCAAAGCUGCGGAGAAGCCGGAGGACGCGCGGGCGCCGCCGGCGCGGAAGGGCGCCUGGGACCGGCCUGCGGUGAAGGACAUGGAGGAGUACAUCCCUUCCUACCUGCUCCGCGGGCUGAUUCCUGCGGCGCUCUUGGCCAGCUACGACUUCUGGCAGGACACCGGCGACAGCUGCAGGCUCAUCGGCUACGGCAAGGGCGAGGUGCUGGUGGAGCUGCUGCCGAGGGCCACGAUUCUGGGCGUCGGCAUGGAAGGCCCCUUCGACACCACCGACGAGCCGGCGGCCUGUGCUCGGAUCACCUUGGAGCUUGCGAACUCCAAAGGGGACUUGGAGCCGCACCUGCUGCUGAACCUCCUCUCUGCGCCCAAAGGCACUCCGCUGCACUCCGUGGCUUUGUGGGCGGCGCGCCUGGAUGACCUCAGCCACGUGCUGGCCUGGGGGUCCUGUGCCGAGGCCGACCAGACGAAGCCCAACUGGGCCUGCGCACCGAUGAAGAUCCUGCAGUUCCCCCGGCUGGGCCUCACCUUCUUCGUGAAGGAGGACCCAAACUCGGGCGAGGAGCCGAAGCGCCUGGUGAGCGCGGACUUCGGGAACCUCAGCGUGCCGCUGGCGCCGGUGCCGGAGCAGGUGGCCAAGCUUCUCACCGGCAUUCCGCACUCGGUGAUUUUGUGCGACGAGCUGCAGGCGUUGCACGUGCUGGUGCCACAGAACUUGCCCAUGCGACCGAACCUCAGGGGCCGGCCCUUCACCACGGAGAUCGUCUUUGAGCGCCUCGGGAAGUGGGGCAAGAAGUGGGCCUCCAAAGCCAAGGUGACGUACUUCAAGUACGAAGUCCACGUGUCCAAGGGCUUUCUCAUCGCACCAUCCUUUUCUUCCGCCAUGUACCUCCUACUGCUGCGAUUCCUGGCCCGCGACUAUGGAGGCGUGUGCUCUCUCGUGCACGCCGUGGGCACGGACGCGCCGCUCAACGAGGAGGAGGCGCAGAUUUUGCAGGUGCUGGGCCUGGUGGAAGACGCUCACCCGGACGCCUUGGCGUGCCGCUGCCUGGUGACGUUGGCGGUGCAGCGCAGCGGCUGCCCGCUGCACUGGGACUUCCGCCAGGAGUUCGCCUGGUACGCGUCCAAGAUCUCCCACAUCUCCGCCCGAAGCCGCCUCAGCCUCGAGCAGGAGGCUGAGCUGCUUGAGGAGUGCGACCGCCUGAAUUCCAAGUACCGGGUGGUCGAGGCGCAGACCAAGAAGGUGCCGGCCCGGGAGAGGAACCAAAUCUUGGCGCUCUUCCUGGACCCCGAGGACGCCAAGGCGGCUGCGGCCAGUGAGAUGCAAAAGCUGCAGGACCUGAAGAGCGGCAUUUUGAGCGGCAUGCGGGCCGAGGGGCUCAGCUGCAACGAGGUGGAAAUGCGGCGCCUGGUGGGCACCAUUCAGGAAAGACGUCACGAGUUGCCUGCCUGGAUGAAGCAUUGCCUGGAGAACCGACAGGAGCUGCUGAAAGCCCGGGGCUACAAGAUCAGCGAGAAGGAUGACGGGAAGAAGAAGGACAAGGACAAGAAUGAGAAGGCGAAAGAAGUCAAGGACGAGGUGACUCUAAAGGUACCCAAGCCCACGGACGACGCCCGAGCCAAGUGGAUCGUCCAUUGCAACCGCAACGUGCUGAAGGAUUCCAUGGUGAGUUCCGCCUCCCUCGAGGAGUGCAAUACGAAGACCUACGCCACGCGGCCGGCGCUGGAGUGGGCGCUGCUCAACUUGCAUGGGGACGUGUCUCUCGACGAGAUGUUCGUUUUGCUCUACCGCCUCUUCACAGGCCAGACCAAGCUGAAGAUGGGCCCUCCUGGAUCCACAGAGGAGGACACCCGACGCUGGGCGCACACCUAUGCGACGCUGGUGGCGUACAUGCAGCCCGAGGCCCUCGAGGGCGGCUUCCUGGCGAGUUUCCUCAACGUUUUCGCCCACAACUUCGACGAAGUCCUUGUGGAUCCCAAUAUGCCGAAGCCACCGGGCAACGACGCCUACAGGAGCGGCAGCCGGGACGUGGCCAACGAGCGCUUCUUGACGGAGCUCCGGAGCUGGGUGCUGAGCAAGAAGGACCGCCUGGUGUGGCCUAGCGGCGGAGACGACGAGGCAGGCUCGGAUAGCGAGGGUGACGGGGACGACGACGAUGACGAGGACGACAAUGAUGAUGACAAUGAGGAUGACAAUGAGGACGAAGCGGAGGACAAGGACGAGGAGAAGGCCGAGGCGGAAGGCGAGGAAAAGGACAAAGACAAAGAAGGCGAGGAAGAAGAGGAAGACUUCAGUGAGACCUUCAAGUGCAAGGUGGUGCUCUCCUCCAAGGCGGAGGUCUCGGAGCUGGUGCCGCGCCUGGAGGGCGCCAGCUUGAGCUCGCAGGUGCUGGGCCUGCCGGCCAAGUCCACCUUGCAGCUCCGCGCCGCUGCUUUGCGCGCCGCCUUUGCCUCACGGCCCUCCAUGCAGAAGGACAGGUAG